AUGGAUGUAGAUGACUGUUACAUGAAGGUUAAAUUAAUAAUUUCUGUAUUGUUUUUACUUUCAGCAAUUGCAUCUGCCAUUGGGAACAGUUUGGUACUUAUAUUGGUAUGGCGAUUUAAAACGCUGAGAAACAAAACUACCAUACUUAUAAUAAAUCUAGCCAUUGCAGACCUUGGAAUCAGUGUGUUUGGAUUUCCUAUGUCUGCUUCUUCAAAUUUUGCACACGGGUGGCAGAUGGGUCAAGUAGGAUGUCAGUGGUAUGGAUUCACCGGAAUGCUGUUUGGUAUAGGCAACAUAGGUCUACUGACAGCCAUUAGCCUUGAUAGAUAUUUGCUCACCUGUAGACAUUCAGUUUUUUUACAACUUUCUGUGUACCACUAUAUAUUUCUUGUCUUGAUUGUGUGGGGAAAUGCGCUAUUCUGGGCAAUGACACCUUUACUUGGAUGGUGCAGAUACGCUUUAGAUCCUAGUGGCACAGCGUGCAUGGUGACGUGGACAGAUGACACCCGGAUGUAUACGUCAUACGUGAUGAGUGUAUUCGUAUCAAGCUUUCUCAUACCCAGCGUAAUUAUCGUGUUCUGUUAUGUUAACACCUGGAGAUUCAUCCGCUCUGUUGGCGACGGUGGCAGACAGGAAAACGUAGAAUGGACGCAUGAGAAACAAGUAGCAAAAAUGUGCGCAAUUGCUGUUUCUCUGUUUCUGUUAGCAUGGACGCCGUAUGCAGUUGUGUGCAUCUGGGCUGCAAUCGGAAAUCCUCGGACUAUUCCGCCAUUACUACUCGUGGCACCCACUGUGUUUGCUAAGUCGUCUGCCUGUUACAAUCCAGUUUUAUACGCUCUUGUAAACAAGAGGUUCAGACUUGCAAUGAGAAAGUUAGUAGGCCUUGGUAAAACAAGAAGAGACAAAGAAGAAAUGAGAUUGCAUCACUUCGAAGGAUGAGACAGUGGAUUAAGUAAAGGACAUGUCAUUAUAGUAAUUAUGAAUAGUUAAAAAUAUCAUUUCUAUCCAAGUUGUAAAAGUUUGAGAACAAAUAACAGUUUGAAAGAUGUUUGAAACCAUAAUUCUAAAUUAGUCUUUGUUAAGUUCUACUUUUUUGUAGGUUUUAUGUCACGCUGACCAAUUAUGAUAGUGUGCUUUGUUGAAUUAGUUAUCGUCAUAUAUUUGCAACAGACAGUACAUUUGCAGACAAAAAGCGCAUUAUCAAAUCUAUACAAAGAUCCUUCGAAAGCCUGGAAAGCGGCCAAGCGAAAUAAUAGCAGACUAAUUUGCAAUUCCAAUUACGUCCUCCUCCAUGAUCCGAAAGGAGGAGAAAAUGUUACAACAUCGAGUCCAUAUUUGCAAAACUCAAAUCGUAUUGACUGAUUUAUAGACUACUUUUAUUCAUGGAUAUUUCGUCUGAACUGGAAAUAGCAAACUUUCACAGUCAUCAUGACGAAGACGCACCUUUAUAAAACUUAAGUCAUUAUUUGAUAGUGGAAACGUAUCCGAUUAAGUUUCAUUUAAGAUUUUCUCAAAAGAAAUAUUUUUGAAAAUACUUGCUACAGCUUUUCCUUGUUACAUGAAUAAAUGAUACCGAUCGUAUUAGUAAUUCAUUGAAAACCAUUUUUAACAUUUGUUCAUAUCUAGGAAAUGUACUUCUAGGUCAUUUAAAUGUUUACAUACUUAAAGAACAUUUGUUCUCAUAUCUUAAGAUACCAUUUGAAUUACCAUUUCACUCAUUGCAACACAACAAAAGUUUUUAAUACUCUGUAUGAAAGGAUGUAUUUUUGGUUUCAUCAGAUUGCUGAGUUACAUGGACAUGAAUAAUUGCUAUUAUGUUU